AUGAGGACAGAUCAAGAUCUACUACACAUUUCACCUCCUGAAAUGGAUAAUGGCAUAGCUGAAUUGUCUCGUAGUGAACUGCAGGACACUUUGCGGCAGUGUGUCAGGAUAGCACAUGAAGAUACACAUGGAACAAAAAUCUACCUGUUGAAGACCAUGAAGCUAGUGGAUAAAAAUAGCAAGCUAAAAUCAGUGCGUCCUAUCCUUGAUGACAUGAGACUGCCACAGGUUGAAGGCAGGCUACAAAAUGCUGAUAUGUCAUAUGAGGAGAAAGAUCAACUCAUACUGCCACCUAACCAUCAUCUCACACGACUAGUUGUGCAAUUAAAGGUGAAUCCCGCACAACAGCUCAUGGGAGACCUACCACAUUCAUAUGUAGAAGCUGUGAGGCCUUUCUUCAGUUGUAGGAUUGAUUACACAGGAUCGUUCUAUGUGAAAACUGGCUCACAGAGAUCCAAAUUAAAGGAAAGGUGCUAUGUUGUCUUGUUUGUGUGCCUGGCUACACGAGCAAUGCAUUUGGAAGUAGUUGGUAAGAUGAUGACUGAAGCAUUCCUGUUGGACUUAAGAAGAUUUAUUUCACGGCGGGGUAGGUGCCAAAACCCGUACAGUGACAAUGGGAAGAAAUUCGUUGGAGCUAGGCAGGAACUUAGCAUGUUACAAGCUGCUGUGAGCAGUGAUUAUGAGCAGACACAGGUGAAAAGCUUUAUGAAUGAACAAGGCAUCGACUGGCACUUCUUUCCUCCUGUGUCACCACGCUUUGGUGGAAUAUGGGUAGCAGGAGUGAAGCCCUUCAAGUACCACUUGCGGCGAAUGAUAGGAACCAUAUGUCCAACUUUCGAAGAGUUGACAACCCUGACUUGCCAUACUGAGGCUCUCACGCCACUGUUGUGCAAUCCUACUGAUCCCCAGGCCCUCAUCCUAGGUUAUUUCCUCAUUUGA